GCAAGUACUUGUUUGACUGCCGCUAUUGGAUACUUCUCUCUUCUUCUCUUCGAUUUAAACAGGUGAACAUCAACAAUGGCAUCAGGUGUUCGGAUUGAUGACUGCAUUUCUGCCGAGUUUCAAGAGAUGAAACUUAGAAAGUCUAAGAAGAAGGUCAUUUUCUUUUGUUUCACUGAAGACGAGAAAUUCAUUACUUUGGACAAGGAAAAAGAAAUCCUCGUAGACCACAAGGGGGAUUUUUUCCAAACUCUAAAAUCAAUGUUCCCUGAGAAAAAAUGCUGUUACGCCUUGAUUGAUGUUAAUUAUUCUACAGGGGAAACAUUAAGGCAGGAUCUCAUGUUUGUGAUGUGGACUCCUGACACUGCAACUAUCAAACAAAAAAUGCUUUUUGCUAGCUCUAAGUCAUCAUUAAAGCAAGCCUUACCAGGUGUCCAAAAGCAAUGGGAAAUUCAGUCUCGUGAAGAUCUAACUCUUCAACAGCUGGCUGAAAAAAUUUCAAAUUCCAAAAUUAAAUGCCUGGAAGGACAUAAUUUAUAGAAACCAAGUGCCACUAAUGUCUUGUAAACAGCCUGAAUUUAUUUAACAUUGCUAAAGCAGUGCACAUGGCAAAAUUGCUUCAUCAUUUACUUUCAUUUUGUCAAAACCAAAUAGAAAAUAUUUUUUAAGAAGACUCUACAGUAGCUUUCUACCUAUUAAUCUAUACCUGUAUACAACUGCCUUGUAGUUCAGUGACAUAUUUUGACCAUUUGUUGUUGUUUUUUUGUUUUAAUUUUCAAAACACUGUAAUGAUUCAGUAUAUUCAUAAAGAAUAGCUCAUCAUCAUUUGACUCAAAUUCAGCUCCUCCUGUUAAGUUUCAGCAUUUCCAAUUUUGUGAUGUCUUAUUACACAGCCAUAUAGCACCAGAGCAACUCUUUGCAGCUGACAACUUGCAGCUAAAGAUAUUUUUUAUGGUUCUCUAUGGGGAAGUCCACACAGGCUACAAAGUACUAUGCAGACUGUUCCUAUAGGAAACAGCUAAAUAGGUUUCUGGCUCCUACAACUAAUUAGCAGUCAGUUAUAAUCACAGGGAGCCCAGUGCAAGAGCAAUAAGGGGUGAAAUAACACACCCCUUAUUGCUCAUUCAUAAAGGCACUUGCGCCCCCUUCUGCCCUGUGAUCUCCGAAUAAAAAAUCUGGCACUCCUACCUUCUGACACAUAAGAUUGAAUUGUUUGGGGAGCUAGAGGCCACCCACAAUUUACAGGCCUAUGUACUCUGAAAUGCAGAGCAGAGGCCUGCGGAUAUUUGCACAAUGCCCCAUGCCGCAGGCAAAAUGCAGAAAAGAAAAAUACCCAAUUGAGGCCUUUUUUUGCACUUAAAACACAGCGCGGGGCAUAGUAAAUCAGCCCUUUUGCCUCAAAUUACAAUUUAUUUAGUUUGCACUGCCACAAUUGUUUUAAUAAGAGGAUAUAUAUUCUGUUAAUAAAGGUGAGGUGAUGGGCAUUUUCAAACUUGUCAACAAAAAUGGGUUGUCCACAGAAGGGGAGCUUAGCUAAUGGUGGGGGAUUGAUUGUCAUUUUCAUUUUGGGAAUGUAGGCAUAAACAUUGUAUAAAUAAUACAACAAUAAAUUGUUUCUCUUGGAAUUUCUGUUGAUAAAAAUUGAAUGGUUUCCAAAAAUCUGUUUAAUAUUGUUGCAGAAUAAAUUAUGUCGUAGA